AUUCAGCUACUGCUGUCCUCGCUAGAUCUUCCCCUGAUUUGCCUAAUAGAAUGUGUCGACUUGCCUACGCUAGGCUCAAAAAGAUGACUUUUUGGGCAGCUCGAUCUAUCCAUCCAAAGUGGAGAUAUCGCCUACAAGAUGCAAAGGAAGCUUUCAGACUUGCUAUGAAGGAAUCUGAAGAGAAGGACAUUGAAAGUUUCUUCAAAAAUUUACAGCAUUAUCCCGCGGGGGAGAGAGUGAACAGGACAUUCAGAUAUUUGAAGAAGUACAAAAAGAAGGUUCAGCCCAAAUUGAGCGGAUGUACUAUCCGUCUCGACGAUUGGAUCCCUGCUGCAGAAGAUAUCGUAUUGAUUCCUGACCCUCUACCUGAGUUACUUGGUUCCACAAUUCCUCCUCCUCCUAGUCUUACUGAGAUUGAACAGAUUAUUUCUGGAUUGAAAAAUGGCAAGUCACCUGGAGUAGACUCUGUGCAUAAUGAAUAUUUCAAAUACUGCAAUGAAGCCACCACCAAAGAAUUACACCAACUAUUGGCUAAGGUAUGGGAAGAAAACAAGAUGCCCGAAGAGUGGAAGCAUGUUCUUGUUGUCCCAAUUCCAAAGGUGAAGAAUCCGAAAACUAUCAACGAGUAUCGCCGCAUAUGUUUAAGUAGUGCUGCCUACAAAGUAUACGCUACGUGGAUUUUAAGCAAGCUUCAACAAGCUGUAGGUCCUAUAGGCUUUCAUCAAGCCGCUUUUUUACCUGAGCGAUCUACUGUAGACCAUCUUCAUACACUCCAACGCAUAUUGCAAGAGCGCUGGAAUGGUGGAGUUCCCCUUUUACUUAUGUCCUUGGAUAUUGAGAAGGCGUUUGACAGAGUGUCCUUAAGUUCGCUACCUGCCAUAUUAAGAGGAAAACGUGUUCCAGCUUGUUUUAUAAACAGGAUUCUGGAGUGCUUACGGGGAGAGCAACAGCAAGUCAUGUGGAGAGGACAACUAUCACGACCGAUUCAGCGGACUCGGGGAUUAAACAGGGUUGUCCCUUAUCCCCUUUUAUAUUUAACCUUAUAA